AUGAAUUUAAAGAAUUCUUAACUACAUAAAAAAUCAUAAACUAGUUAUUUGAAUUAUAUGCUUGAUGCUCGUCUAUCAAAAAUAAGACAAAAAACAGCUAUUAAAUUUAAAGAAAAUGAAAGUAAAUUUGGAGAUGAUCAUUUUUAAUUAAGAACAGAUUAUAGUGAUUCAUUUAAUUGUUAAAGUUGUUAAUAACAAUAAUUAAUAAUUAAUGAAUUAAAAGCAUAAAUUUAAGAAUGUUAGAAAUAGAUAGACAUUUUAUAAAUAGAAAAAGAUGUCAUAUAAAAAAAGGAAGAAUAAACUAUAAAGUUGUUGAUAUCAGAAAUAGAAAAAGCAAAAUUAGAUUAAAAAAGAUGUUCAACUGAGUUACAACAUUCAUUAAUUUAAUUUGCUAAUGAAAACAUAUUUAAAUAAAGUUAAACAUUGUCAUUUUAGGAUAGAUCAGAUGAAACUUGUAUUUUAAAUAAUCAACUAAAAUAAAUUAAAGAAUAAAAUGCAAAUUAUGCUGAACUUUUACAUCAAUAAUAUGAAUUCUCAAUAAAUAUCAAUAUUAAAUUUGCUUAAUUAUCAAACUCAUUAAAUACUUUAAUCACCUUAGUUCAAAAAUAUACAAGAAUCAUAACUCAUAUACAAAUGUAAAGUUCUCCAUAACUUGAUUUAUUACUUCCUAAUCCUCUUGAUGAUCAUUUCAAAUAAGAUCAUUAAUAAUAAUUACUUUUUAUUGAUUUACAUGAUAUGACAACUAAAAUAUAAUAGAUUUAGAUUGGUUCUUUAACAGAUGUAUAAUCUAAAAUAGAAACAUUGAUUCAAUUAGUAGCAGAUUAUUUGACAUAAGCUUAAAGAAUAGCAAUAAAUGAUAUGAGUAGAACUAUUGUAUGA